AUGGUCAUGGUUGACGAACGAACGCCCUUAACGUCGGAUCUUUCCGGUCCACUGCCGCUGGCGUCAGGUCCCUCCGGAAAUGUGCGUCACCUGAAGUCCCACGAAAGUCUUCGGGAGCGCCAAGUGCGAACAUUCCAGUGCUGGAUAUGUUCGGCCAUAAUGGGAGCGUUCGCGUUGGCGAUCGUGAUCAGCAUUAGUUACAUCAUAUUCGGUGAUGCGACGAAGCCGCCUCUCGAUGGUGCCAAUACAACGGCGGCGGAUUUCCCUCAGCUGCUAAAUCUCAUUAGCUUCCCAUUGGACGAUGAACCUUCGCCCCAGUGGAACGGGGCAGAUGUUGGUGAGGAUGCAAAAGCCGCCGCCAUAGCCGAAGGUGAGAAGGCACUCGGUGAUAAGGAGCUGCUGGAGGAGACCCUUUCCUCACCUCCAAUUAAUUCGGCCACGUUCCGGCAUCAGAAGUCGGUCGGUGCAACGGUUGCCGCACGGCUGGCCGCCAAAGUGGGCUUUGUGGAGGAUCGUGCUACGAAGGCUCUGGCGCGACAUCUCGACAUCCGUCACCGCGGGUCGAUUGGGCGUGGACCGGCGAUGAAUCUGCCACGAUCGCACAACCAUCCGGGGUGUGAUUUUAACGCGCGAUACCGAACCCCCAAUGGAACUUGCAACAAUAAGGACCAUCCGUACGAGUAUGGUGUCGCGAUGGUACCGUUCCGCCGGCAACUUAAUCCGGACUAUGGCGAUGGCAUAUCGGCACCGCGUACGUCCAUCGCCGGCACCGAGCUCCCGAGUGCCCGUCAAAUUUCGCUCGAGAUUCAUCGCCCUUCGUACCACAGUGAUCCUAACUUCAGCGUGAUGCUGGCCGUCUGGGGACAGUUUCUCGACCAUGACAUAACGUCAACCGCACUGAACCAGGGCGUCGACGGGAAGCCUAUUGAGUGCUGCGAUCCAGGCCAGCCACAACAUCCGGAAUGUUUCCCCGUUCCAUUGGGACCGGGGGAUCCGUACUACCAGCAGUACAACGUGACGUGCAUGAACUUUGUCCGCUCUGUGCCAGCACCAACCGGCCAUUUUGGACCACGGCAGCAGUUGAAUCAAGCGACCGCCUUCAUCGACGGUUCGGUUGUCUAUGGUUCGGACGGGGAACGAAUGAAAGCGCUGCGUGCAAGUGACGGUGGCCGGUUGCGCAUGCUACGCACGCCAGAUGGUCGGGAAUUGCUGCCGGUAUCCACCGACCCGCUGGAUGGGUGUAACGAAGAGGAGAUGAAUGCUGCCGGUAAAUACUGCUUCGAAUCGGGUGACGCACGCGCGAACGAGAACCUUCACCUUACCUCGAUGCAUCUGAUCUGGGCAAGACAUCAUAACAAUCUGGCCGACGGGCUGGCGCGUGUGAACCCGCACUGGGACGACGAGCGAGUGUUCCAGGAGGCACGGCGUAUUCUUGCCGCCCAGAUGCAGCAUAUCACGUACGCUGAGUUUGUGCCGGUCAUUGUCGGCAAUGAAACGGCCUCCCGGAUGGGUCUGUUGCCCGAAUCUGACGGUCGCGAUGACACGUACAACGUUUCAGUAGACGCCUCGAUCGCCAAUGUGUUUGCCGGUGCGGCAUUCCGGUUCGCCCACACGCUGCUUCCGGGGCUGAUGAAGAAAACGCGCAACCCGACCGCGACCAGCGCCGGUAUCGAGCUGCACCGGAUGCUGUUCAAUCCGUACUCGCUGUACGCGCAGGACGGGUUGGACAAUGCGCUCGGCGGUGCUAUCAGUACGGCGCUGGCCAAGUACGACCAAUACUUCUCCACCGAGCUAACCGAGAAGCUGUUCGAGAAGGCGGACGAACAUCUGCUGCAUAAUCAACCCUGUGGGUUGGACCUGGUGUCGCUUAACAUUCAGCGCGGUCGGGAUCAUGGGCUGCCGGCCUACCCGCACUGGCGUAAGCACUGCCAUCUUACAUCGGCGGACAGUUGGAGCGAGCUGGAGCAAAUCAUUGAUCCACAAUCUUUCAAGCAGAUGAAAAUGAUCUUCCAGGAACCGGGUAACAUAGACGUGUACUCCGGUGCGUUAGGCGAACCACCGGUUAAGGGCGGUAUCGUGGGACCGUUGCUGACCUGCCUGAUCGCUGACCAGUUUCUGCGGCUGAAGCAGGGCGAUUCGUUCUGGUACGAGCGACGUCGGGGACCGCAACGAUUUACCGAAGGUCAACUUCAGGAAAUUUACAACACGAAGCUGUCGAGUAUUAUCUGCCGCAAUUCGGAUAACAUUGAGCAAUCGCCUGUUUACCUCAUGAAGCGAACCGAUCCACAGACGAAUCCCGAAACCGACUGCAAGCAGUUGGACACGUUUGAUUUUGAGCUAUUCCGGGAGGAUAAGGAUCAGUCGCAUCACAACCGUGCGGCCAGCAUUGCGACCGAUCGGAUGAAGGUGCUUGUGCUGGAACCGAAGUCAGCAGGAACUACCACCCCGGCCAAUCCACGUGACGCUGUGGAAACGGAUAAGGUGGAAAGCGAAAAGGGCACGGAGGAAUCUGCCACGAUGAUGACGACGACUGAAUCUGCUGUUCCAACGACGACAACGAUGGUUGCUGGAGCUUGA